AUGUGCAAUGAUGAGGCUGCUCGCAAAAGGAGUCUAUGUGUGCCACAGGAAAUAUAUGAGGAAUGGCGAAAGGGUGGCGCUUCACGCGCUCGACUUCAAGAACUAUUUGCAUCAAUGAACUGCAAUCGGGAGCAGUUCUUGAAACACGUGACCUUGGAGGUGGAAAAGCGUCAGUCUGUCAAGAUGAGAGUCAAAGCGCAGUGGGCUAGUGAAGACAAGAUGAGGGAUGUCCUUAAGUUGAAAGAGCCCAGGAUCAAAGCGAUCAAAGAGUUCUGUGAGAAGAACGCCAACCACAUCAAGUGGGACAAGUACGAAUCCAAGAACCUUUACUGGUUUGAAGAGGAAAUGGAAGCUGAAUGGGAAUCCAGCAAAUCCAGAGUAACCACCGAAUCUUCACAGUUUGUUGUGGAGACUUCUGCUGAAGAUGCAUUGGAGAACCCUGAUGUCACGCUUGACAUGGCAGAACUUCGCAGCUCGGGCAUGCAUGGAAGCGGUUCUGGAGAAGUUGCAGCAGGGGGACCGCCUCCUCAGGCGUCCGUGUUACCGCAGGUGCAUAAGAAUGAGAAGCCCUCUUUGGUGGUGCUCAAGUACCUUGAUGGUAUCACCAAGAGAGUUUCCAAGAUCAGUGAGCUCAAGAACAAGUAUGAAGCGAUCGAACCUGAGAAUCGGACCAACACCCACACGGCGUUCAUGACCAAGCUGGGAGGUUUGGUUACGGCUUUGGAGAAGGGGCACGAGGCGAUCAAUCAGAUCUAUGGGGCUGGUGCGGUCGAAGGGUACUCCUCAGAGCAAGAAACCAAACUCCUUGAGCUCUACAAGGAUGCCAUGAGAACGUGGGGCCCUAAAUACUUCUUCUGUCAGACCCAACGUGAACGAUCAGUGCCGGGCGUCAUGCUGAAGAACUUGGCGCUCAGUUUAGCCGAUGGAGCCCCUGCAACACGCCUGAAGCGCCUAGCUCAAAGUGCGAUUGAAGAGGCUCAGCAAGGCGGAGCCUCGAACAUUCCAGCGGCUCUUAGGAAGGCUGGACAGGUGACUGAAGACAACUUGCAAAAUGCUGAGCGGGACCUUCACCGUCUAUUCCAGAAAGAGGGUUUGGCACUGCCACUGGGACUCAAUGUGUAUCGUUUUGGCCUCCUCCAUUUGCACUAUAUCUCUCUGAAGACCUGGUAUACAUUCCUCCUCAAGUCCCACUCGCGCUUGCUGUUUGGUGGCUUUGAAGUGGGGGACCCCCGAGUUGAAUUGCUUUUGGAAUCCUUCUGGGACAAGUAUGCCCUGGCCCAUCGAGACCACUGGGUGUUUGAUGCUAUGGGGGAUCGGCUGAAAAGAUGUGUACCAUUUCACUUACAUCUGGACGAAGGCACCGGACUUCGAAAGAGAGCUGUCCUGGUCUUUAACUUCCAAGCGUUGUUUGGUCAGGAGACCAUCAAAAACUUUGAAGAUAUUUUUUCAAGUCACCCUGGACGGUCUGACUCAGACAUGAAGUCUUACAUGGUGGAAGCCCAAACGCACAACCAAAGAGGCUCUUCGAUAUUGUCGCGAUUCCUCUACACCAUCAUUCCCAAAAAGUGGUACACUGGAAAAUUUGCUGGUGUAUACGACAGUGUUCUUGAGAAUCUAGCCACUGAGAGCCGCAAGCUGGCCGUGGAUGGAGUCGAUGGAUUCCAUCCAAUUUGCCUGGGAAUCAAGGCGGAUGCCCCUGCAUUGGCAAAGGCCGCUCAUGCAACCCGGAGCUUUCUGAGCCCUAACUUGAACCUGUCUGAAGUUGUUGGAAAGGGUAUCUGCUUUGAAUGCUUAGCGGGAUUGGAUUCGAUUCCCUAUGAAGAUUGCUCACGCAAUCCCCAGUGGAAGGCAACCGAGGGUUUGGAAAACCCAUGGGAUGAAAACGAUCCCAGCCCAUUGUUGAAAAUCCCUUCGAGACAGUUUUCGCCACAUCAGUUCUUCCGAAAAGACCCCUUCCACAUAUACAAGCAAACGAUUGGGGGCCACUUUGUGGCCUCCGCGUUGAUUCUACUGUGUGACUUGGGGUACUUCAUCAGGGCUGGAAAGCCGACGGAUGCUUCAACGUUGUUGCAGAUUGCCUAUGACGACUUUGACUAUUUCAUGAAAUGUGAGUGGACUGGAGGGCAUGUGGCCAAUCUCAAAAGCUUUACCAAGGCUGUCUUCCACUGGAACAAGCUGCAGUCCUUCCCAUACGUUCGCCCAAAAGGUGCUGAUGUGAUGUUGAUCCAAAGGUGGCUUUGCCAGUUGAUCCACAAGGGCUUGUUUGAUGAGCGGGUCAACAAAAGACAAGAAAGGGAUCUGAUUGCGAACCCUUUGGACCCAUCGCACAGUCCACUCUUGAGGCUGGUACUGAAAGCUGCCAUUGCUGGGCUGAACUUCUUCCACGUUCUACACCGGAAAGGCAUAUGGCAUAGUAGGAAUGAUGCCAGUGCGGUUGCCAAUUCAAGUUUUGACUUUUGUGAUGCUUAUGCACAGCUGGCCAAGCAAUGCCACACCAUGAAGUUAAUGCGCUUUCACCUCACCCCGAGCUUACACUAUUUUCACCACUUUGCUAUCGAUACUUGGGAGAGGUUGUCUCAGGGGGACAGCAACAUUUUGUCCCCUAAUGUUGACAACUGUGAAAUGGAUGAAGAUUUUGUCGGAAAGAUUAUACCGCCGGACUGGAAGUUAGAAUGGGGGCCCUGGGGGUCAGAUUUUUUUCCUCCAAGUUAG